AUUGAAAGUCAUUCAGAGAGGGUUUGGCUUAGUCUUAAAGAGAGACAAAUUUGCAUAACAGAACAACCAUGUAUUUCCACCUGGGCAUAGUUCUCCUAUUUCUAAUUGAGAAGGGCUUAUCCUCCACAUUAACACCUCAAUCCGACUUUGACAAAAGCUAUGUCGGUGUAGUUUACGAACCUUACACUAAAAAUCAUGACAAUCGGCACGAUUACACCCUUGACGAGGUGAAGGACAUGUUGCUCGUGGUGUCGAAACGGUUUAAAUGGAUCUCCACCUACGGCAUGGGAACGAUCAGUGCCACCAGCAAAUGGAACGAAGGCCAAGCCGGCGGUUUCUCUGGCAUGGCGGCGAGUCAAAUCAACCAAGAAAUGAAUUCUCUCCAAUUAGUCGUCAAUCUCGGAACGUGGCUUAUUUCCAAUGACGCCGUUAUGAAGCAGGAAAUCGUCAACGCCUUCACCGUGGCGGGCUUGGCAAACUCGAAUUUUCCCGGGACCGUUAACGGGGUCAUCAUCACGAGUCAUCACACCUACACUGACGACCAGCUGAGAACCGUUGUUCACCUUUUGUCCCAGAAUUUAGCCACGGCGCGAAAUUUGAAGGUUCAAUUAGGCCUACGAACAAGCAAUUGUGACGCAUUGACGAGAAAUUCAGAACUCAUAAGGCUUUUGGACUUUAUCAAUUGUCAAAAAUUUCCAACGUCCCAAACUUCAAAGAGCAACGUUUCCGCCGAAGUUGGCCUGGUUGGCCGAUAUUUUCUCCAACUUCGGCAAGAAUUCGGCACAAUUAAGCCUAAUUUGACCGUAAUUGGGGAAACCGGAUGGGCAAGUUUUGAUAAGUCGGGUAGUCAAAGAGAGUACAAUAGUUCGGUCAAAUUUUGGCGGGAAAUGGGGCAAUGGGCGAAAAUUAAUAAGUUUCGGGUCGACAUGUUCACUGCGUUUGAUGAACCCUGGAAAAUAGCGAUCGGGACGCAUGAGCCGCAUUACGGAUGGUGGGAAAGAGUCGGGAACGAGUCGAGUGGGAGUGACGCCUUCAGGGAAAAGUUGACAUAUCUUGAACCUGAACCUGCAAAACCAAAGAGUCCGUGGUCCGUAGAGGUCAUCGAAGGCAGAGUAAUUAAAGAUGAUACUCCUCCUACAAGCAAAAAUAUCGCUUCCUCACCCACAAUCCUAUCGGAAUUUGUCCGUUUCUUACUGAUGAUAACCUUGUAUCAAAAAUUCGUAACUUUGUAAUCAUAUUUACAACGAUCUGUAUGCAACGCGUUAAUAAAUAUUCAUAAAAUCUUAUCGAACUAAAUUCUGUGCUUAAAAUGUAUUGUAAGAAAUUGAUUAAAGUUGAAGCAGAUGGAUUCUUCAAAAUGUGACAA